AGAGCAUGAAGAAGGUGCAGCUGGAAGCUGAGAGCAGCCUUCCUGGGAACUCGGAGCCAGGUGUCUCCUCAAAGGAAAUCCAUAACAAGGCAGAGUCUGACCAGAAAUCCAUCUAUGUGGGCAACGUGGAUUAUGGGGCCACGGCGGAAGAGCUGGAGUCUUUCUUCCUUUGCUGCGGGAAGAUCAAAAGAGUGACCAUCAUCUGCGACAGGUUCUCGGGGUACCCCAAAGGGUAUGCCUACAUUGAGUUUGAAGAGCAGAGCUCUAUGAAGGCUGCAAUGUCGCUGAACAGGAUCUUGUUCAGAGGCCGUGUGAUUAAGGUACUCCCCAAAAGAACCAACUUGCCAGGCAUCAACACCACCAACCGUGGCGGUUACCAGGGCCACUUCCAAGCCUGCAGACGGAUGACCCAGUGGGCAUCCUCCUAUGGAAAGCAGUCCACAAGCGCAUGAGGGAGGGAA